CGCACUUCCGGGUGUUGCCUGCUCUGAAUCACGCGCAUUUUCGCCGCUGCAGCACCUUCGGCAUCCCGGAUACUCACCAGUCGGUGAUCACCAGCAGCAUCAGGUUUUAGAUGUCUUUUAGAUAUCUAGCAGCAACACACCGCUGGAAUCAAGACGGUCGAGGAAAAAGCGCUGCUGAAACAACACAACUCUGAAGACAUAUUUUUUCAUCGUUACACCCACGUCUCUCUACUGUUGCUUUUUUCCCCCCCUUCACAUUUUAAAUGAAUCUUGUAAGAUUUAUGAAUAACAGAGUUCCGUCCAAUAAGAGGUAUCAACCCACAGACUAUGAACAUGCUGCAAACUGUGCUACACACGCGCUGUGGGUAAUCCCCAGCCUAUUGGGCAGCUCUGUGCUGCACUUCCUGUCUGAGGACCAAUGGGAGCGCGUCUCAGCCUGGCUCUAUGGGGCGGGGCUCACCUCCCUCUUCCUCAUCUCUACUCUGUUCCACACGGUGACCUGGAAGAAAAGCCACCUACGGUCUGUGGAGCACUGUUUCCACAUGUGUGACAGAAUGGUGAUCUAUUUCUUCAUAGCAGCCUCCUACGCCCCCUGGUUGAACCUGCGGGAGCUGGGACCCUGGACCUGUCACAUGAGGUGGUUGGUCUGGGUGAUGGCCUCUGUUGGAACCACAUACGUCUUCUUCUUCCACGAGAGGUAUAAGUUGAUGGAACUGAUCUGUUAUACAGUGAUGGGAGUGUUCCCAGCCUUGGUCAUCCUGUCAAUGCCGGACCGCGAGGGGCUGUGGGAGUUGUUAGUGGGCGGUGCCUGUUACUGUCUGGGCAUGGUGUUCUUCAAGAGUGAUGGCCUCGUCCCAUUCGCCCAUGCCAUCUGGCACCUGUUUGUUGCCAUGGGAGCAGGCGUCCAUUACUACGCCAUCUACCGGUACCUCUACACGCCAGCAGCCAAUCAGAUGAAGACAUCCAGAUGACACACGGAGACCGGGGGCGAGGGGUGAUGACAUCACAGGACGUUGAAGGAAGGAGUGGACUUGUGAAGAAGUGAUGUCAAGAAAGGAGGGAUGGAGAGAUGAGAAUAGAACCAUAGCAACGUGGAGAGAUGAGAAUAGAACCAUAGCAACGUGGAGAGAUGAGAAUAGAACCAUAGCAAUGUGGAGAGGUGACAAUAGAACCAUAGCAACAUGGAGAGAUGAGAAUAGAACCAUAGCAACGUGGAGAGAUGAGAAUAGAACCAUAGCAACAUGGAGAGAUGAGAAUAGCAACGUGGAGAGAUAUUUUUUACAUUUCACUUUUAUUUAACCAGGUAGGCCAGUUGAGAACAAGUUGAGAACAGUUGAGAACAAGUUCUCAUUUACAACUGCGACAUGGCCAAGAUAAAGCAAGCAGUACGACAAAAACAACAACACAGAGAUGAGAAUAGAACCAUAGAAACAUGGGGAGAUCACUGGUUUAUGUGUCCUGGACAGACAGGAUGUAGAUCACUGGUUUAUGUGUCCUGGACAGACAGGAUGUAGAUCACUGGAUGUUGGUCACUGGUUUGUGUGUCCUGGACAGACAGGAUGUAGAUCACUGGUUGAUGUGUCCUGGACAGACAGGAUGUAGAUCACUGGUUUAUGUGUCCUGGACAGACAGGAUGUAGAUCACUGGUUUAUGUGUCCUGGACAGACAGGAUGUAGAUCACUGGUUUAUGUGUCCUGGACAGACUGGAUGUAGAUCACUGGUUUAUGUGUCCUGGACAGACAGGAUGUAGAUCACUGGUUUAUGUGUCCUGGACAGACUGGAUGUAGAUCACUGGUUUAUGUGUCCUGGACAGACAGGAUGUAGAUCACUGGUUUAUGUGUCCUGGACAGACUGGAUGUAGAUCACUGGUUUAUGUGUCCUGGACAGACAGGAUGUUGAUCACUGGUUUAUGUGUCCUGGACAGACUGGAUGUAGAUCACUGGUUUAUGUGUCCUGGACAGACAGGAUGUAGAUCACUGGUUUAUGUGUCCUGGACAGACUGGAUGUAGAUCACUGGUUUAUGUGUCCUGGACAGACUGGAUGUAAAUGACUAAUUUAUGUGUCCUGGACAGACAGGAUGUAAAUGACUAGUUUAUGUGUCCUGGACAGACAGGAUGUUAAUUACUUACUUUAUGUGUCCUGGACAGACUGGAUGUAGAUCACUGGUUUAUGUGUCCUGGACAGACAGGAUGUACAUCACUGGAUGUUGGUCACUGGUUUAUGUGUCCUGGACAGACAGGAUGUAGAUCACUGGAUGUUGAUCACUGGUUUAUGUGUCCUGGACAGACAGGAUGUAAAGUUAGUUAUGUAACCCUCCAGUGUAGUGUAGUGUAGUGUGCGUGGUAGAGUAGUCUAGAAAUGACAGAUGGUGAAGGUGUUUCUCCUGAUUGUACUACUAAUACAUUCCAGUCUAGUGCAGGUAUUAUCCUACUACAGCCAUUAUUACUAUCAUUGUUAUUAUUAUUACUAUUAUUAUAAUUACAUUCCAGACUAGUGCAGGUAUUAUCCUACUACAGCCAUUAUUACUACUACCAUAAUUAUUAUUAUUAUACUAUUGUUACUAUUAUUAUUCUUAUUACUAUUACUGUUAUUAUUUGUACUAUUAUUCGUUUUUACUAUUGCUAUU